CCCCCGCGACGCCACUAGGCCCUUUGCUCUGCAGCUUUAGAGCGCUUUAGAGGACCGCACUAUCAACUCUCCCCCUGAGAUUCCGCCGAUUGUUGACAUCCACCCCCGCAUAGUGUUGCAGCUCAUGCGCGGUUCUGGCGAAGACCGGAGAAAAGCCCCCAGUUUGACCCCGUGCUUGGUAGCGAGCAUCUUUUUCCCACACGGUCUCGAGCUGCAGAAGAAGCGAGGGGGAACGGCGAGUGGCGUCAGGGGUCCGGGGAUGCAAAAGGGGGGUUCAUAACUCAACAUGCCUCGGCCGGGCAAAGAGCCGUGCCGUCCGUUCUGGCACAGCAAGCAAGUUCAGUAAAAUCAUCCAAGCUUUUCUUCUUUCUGUCUGUUGUGAUACCUGCCUGCCCUUCUUCAGUACGACCCUCCGCGAGCAAAGCCGUAGCCAUGACCGGAACAACAAGCGGGACAAACGGCCAUGCCAACGGCAACAACGGCCAUGCUUCUUCUUCUGCCGACGGGCGCACCAGCUUGAGGUCUAAUAAUAAGACGCCCGCGGUCGACAUCUCGGUGGCACUGGCCCCCAACGAUCUGAAGAGCGUGCCGGGCCUGGUGCAGGACAUCAACGCCGUGGCCGAGAAGGCCGCCGCGGGCAGCGAGCAGGCGCGGCUCGAGCUGGUCGAGAAGGCGCGGUCGCUGGUGCGCGCGCUGGAGACGCCGCGCGAGACCAUGAUCAAGCACUGCUGGGCACAGCCGUCCGCCAUGGCCGCGCUCUCGACAGGCAUUGACGUCGGCCUGUUCACCCUCCUGGCCGAAGACGGCGGGUGCGCGAAGAAUGCGAACCAGCUCGCUGCGAAGCUGGGCAUGGACCCCCCCUUGCUCUGCCGGCUGAUGCGCCACAUGGCGGCCAUGGGCUACAUCAUCGAGACCGGACCGGACGAGUACAAGCCGACCAACUUCUCCAGCUCGCUGAGCAUCCCCGUCAUCGGGGAUGGUUACACGUGCAUCUCCGGCUGCCUGAUGGCGGCACUGUGCAAGUUCCCGGAGUACGCGGCCAAGACCAACUACAAGACGCCCAACAGCAUCUCGGACGGACCCCUGCAGUACGCCUACAACACGCAGCUCAACAUGUUUGAGCACCUCAUGGCCCACCCACCCUACGGCGAGCAGUUCAACCACCACAUGGGCGGCUACCGCCAGGGCCGCCCCUCGUGGAUGGACAAGGGCUUCUACCCGGUCGACGAGCGCCUGAUCCAGGGUGCUCGGCAAACCCCGGAUGCCGCUUUCUUGGUGGACAUUGCGGGCGGUGUCGGCCACGACCUGGACGAAUUCCGCCGCAAGGUGCCGCAUGCCCCCGGCCGCCUCGUGCUGGAGGACCUGGGGCCUGUUAUCGAGCAGGCCGAGGCUCGCGGGCUGGAUGGGAGGAUCGAGAGGGUGGCGUACAACUUUUAUGAUGAGCAGCCAGUCAAGGGCGCCCGCGCGUACUACAUGCACUCAGCGCUGCACGACUGGCCGGACAGCGAGUGCGUCAAGAUCCUGGCGCGCGUCAAGGAGGCCAUGGUGCCCGGUUACUCGCGCCUGCUGAUCAACGAGAACGUGAUCCCGCCGUCGCGCGCCCAGUGGGAGGCCACCGCGCUCGACAUCAUGAUGCUGACCCUGCUCAGCUCGCGCGAGCGCACCGAGGCCGACUGGUACAGCCUGCUGCAGGACCAGGCCGGCCUGCGCAUCACGGGCAUCUACACCGCCCAGAACGGCGUGGAGAGUAUCAUUGAGUGCGAGCUUGCUUGAGGGGAUGAGGGGCUUGGGAUGGUAAAAAGGGG